AUGGUGCCACUGGUACAGGUUUCUCUGCUCAAUCUCGGCCGCUACUCUGCCCUGUUCCUCGACGUGGCCUACAGAGCCAAGCGCUACAGUUACCCGAAACCUCGGGCAGAAGAAGAAAGGAGAAUAGCAGCCAAAGAGAAGCAGCAGCAGCAUGAACUGAAACAAAUUGAGAGAGAACUGGCAGAAGCCUGUGAUGACAGCAUACUGAAGUGA